UUCACAAUGCCUGAGCCGGCCAAGUCCGCUCCCGUCUCCAAGAAAGGCUCCAAGAAGGCGGUGACCAAGGCCCAGAAAAAGGACGGCAAGAAGCGCAAGCGCAGCCGCAAGGAGAGCUACUCUGUGUACGUGUACAAAGUGCUGAAGCAGGUCCACCCGGAUACCGGCAUCUCGUCCAAGGCCAUGGGCAUCAUGAACUCGUUCGUUAACGACAUCUUCGAGCGCAUCGCGGGCGAGGCAUCUCGUCUGGCGCAUUACAACAAGCGCUCGACCAUCACCUCCAGGGAGAUCCAGACGGCCGUGCGUCUGCUGCUGCCCGGGGAGCUGGCCAAGCACGCCGUGUCCGAGGGCACCAAGGCUGUCACCAAGUAUACCAGCUCCAAGUAAAUAUUUAUAUGCAUUGUCAAAUCCAGAGAUUCUUUUCAGAGCCACUUAAUACUUCUCAAGGAAGAGUUGGGGCUCCUUGCCUAUCAUUUCGGGGGGGGGGCGUGUCUGCUGGAUUGGGGUGAUUGAAGAAGUGACGUUUAACUAAAAUUUGGUGUUAACCUGGCAAAUGUUCUGACAAGGAAUUUUGCCUUUUCGUAACCUAAUCCUUCUCAUAUUUCGACUUGGAUAGCGACAAUACCUGAAAACCUCGAGGGCAACAAUUACAACGCCAGGGAAAUCUAAAAAGUGACUGGAGUGGUUUCCUAACAUGUUUCUCCCUUUAGAUACUAGAUUAACUACUUAGGAACCCCCAGAUUCAAAUGUUUGCAGUUUUGCACAUUCUAUAAAUGCGCCUGGAAGCGUUGUGAAUGGAGGCCAUUUUUACGUGUGCAGAAACUCCGAACCCAUUCACUGCAUUGCCCUUUUCCUCGUAUCACUUUGUAGCGGACCACAAUGUCGGAACUUAGGAACAAGUCUAUACUACCUGAUCUGAACAGCUUCUAACUCCUUGAAAGAAAAGAUAGAUAUCCCUGAAAAGAGCUUUUACGAGCGAGAACAAUACAACAUACAAUGUAAUCAGCCGUCAAAACCAUAGAGGGUGUCUCCCUGGAGCUCGAGAGAACAAAGUCCACAGCGGUGACCUUACGCUUGGCACGCUGGGUGUAGAUUAUGGCGUCAUGGUCACGUUUUCUAAUGACCUUCAACACCCCGCAGGUCUCUGUGAAUGAGACCAGAGAUGCAUUUGACUCCACUGCUGCCGUCCAGGCGCCUGAUG